UAUAAUAUUACCCAUAGCCACACUCUUUUCUUAUCCCCAUUUUCCUUUCCUUUCCUUCAAGACCAUGUCGACUGCAUCUGCAUGUCUUCCUCUUACUGCUUCAAGGACAACAACCAAAACCUCCACAUCCAGAGCCUUCGCCUUCAACACUAGAAAAUCCAACUUCAACUCUGUUACGUGCAGAGCUUCUUCUUUCAAGGACAUAAAUAUCGAUCUUUACGAUCUUCUGGGCAUCGACAGCACAUCCAAUCAAUCUCAAAUAAAAAACGCUUAUCGUUCGCUGCAGAAGAGAUGCCAUCCCGACAUUGCAGGCCCCGCGGGACACGACAUGGCAAUUAUACUCAAUGAAGUUUAUUCUUUCCUCUCUGAUCCCACUUCUCGCUCGGCUUACGAUAAGGAACAAUCCAAGAUGGCUCAACUCCGAGGAUUCACUGGAAAACCAUUGUACUCUGUGUGGUUUGGUGGUGAAAGGGAAAACAGAGCUGUGUUUGUUGAUGAAGUAAAAUGUGUGGGCUGCUUGAAAUGUGCGUUAUUAGCGGAAAACACGUUUGCGAUUGAAUCGGUAUAUGGAAGAGCCAGAGUUGUGGGGCAGUGGGCAGAUCCUGAAUACAAAAUUCAGCAGGCGAUACAAGCUUGUCCUGUAGAUUGCAUCUCGAUUGUAGAGAGAUCAGACUUGGCAGCAUUAGAAUACCUUAUGUCAAAACAACCACGGGGUAAUGUUAUUGUGGGAGCUAAUAACUCAGUCGGUACAAGGGUCUCGAACAUUUUCGUUGAUGUCAAAAAAUUUCAAACAAAUUAUGUUGACGCCACGAACAAAGCAGCUACAAAGGAGGAAGAUAUGAAUUGGAAAGCAAAACUGUCAGCAAUUCAAACAAUCAGAUCGAUCUCAAAUUGGUUGUACUGGCAAUCACCCACAUCAGAAACUGAACAGAAUUUACAGCAUGUCUCUCAGAAAGCAGUGGAACCAAGCAUCAAAAAGCUUCGUGAUGCUGUUGCUGCUAGAAAACAAGCAAGAGAGGGCACAAGAACAAAUUACAUAUAUCAUGACGAGUAUUGGAUUCCGUCAACUCAAGCUCUUCCAGCUCCAGCACCAGCAACUUCAACCAACUUCAACUCAAUCUCUAGAGCUGCCAGAGAGCUUUCAAAUAAGAAAACAAAUGAGAACUAUUAUAGGGAAGAGAAUAGGAGGAGCCCCAUUGCAUGGGCGAUUCCAGUUGUAACAGCCGCAAUUGCAGCAGGUGUAGUUCGAAUGCAAGUUGGAGAAGUGGUCGGUGGACUAGAGGAGCAUAUAGGGGGGCCUUUGGCCUUGGAUAUUGUUAACAGCUCUUGGCUGCAGGUUGCUUUAGCUGGGAUUACAUGGUACUACAUUGGAGUGGGAAUUGUAAAUCUCAUUGAGACCAUUGGACAUGGGCAAGAGUAGGUCAAUACAAUUUCUGUAUACUAUUUUACUGAUAGUGUACCAACAUUGGCAUUA